AUUUGACAUGAGUCGUGUGUGCGACGCGAUUCAUUAUUUGCAAUCUAAUAAAUUAAUUAAGCCAGUAUAAGUGAAAUAGUCAUCGUAGAAUAGUGUUGUUAUUAUUUUUAAGCCUAAGACCCAAUAAUUCGCCAAUAUGCCGCGUAUCAUGAUAAAAGGCGGCGUUUGGCGCAACACCGAGGAUGAAAUCCUGAAAGCGGCUGUUAUGAAAUAUGGCAAAAACCAGUGGUCUCGUAUCGCUUCGCUGCUUCACCGCAAGUCAGCCAAACAGUGCAAGGCCCGUUGGUACGAAUGGCUGGACCCGAGCAUCAAGAAGACGGAAUGGUCUCGCGAGGAGGACGAGAAGUUGCUGCACCUGGCCAAGCUGAUGCCGACGCAGUGGAGGACUAUUGCUCCCAUCAUUGGCCGUACAGCUGCUCAAUGCUUGGAAAGAUAUGAAUAUUUACUCGACCAAGCUCAAAAAAAGGAGGAGGGUGAAGACAUGGGAGAUGAUCCUCGCAAGCUGAAGCCGGGAGAAAUUGACCCCAACCCUGAGACUAAACCAGCCAGACCUGACCCUAAGGACAUGGAUGAAGACGAACUGGAAAUGCUAUCAGAGGCCCGUGCGCGUCUCGCCAACACACAAGGCAAAAAGGCUAAAAGGAAAGCCAGAGAAAAACAGUUGGAGGAAGCAAGGAGGCUUGCUGCACUGCAGAAACGGAGAGAAUUAAGCGCUGCUGGUAUUGCUGUGCCUAUGAGGCGUAAGAAAAAGCGUGGCGUUGACUACAACUCAGAGAUUCCGUUCGAGAAGCGGCCGGCUGCUGGUUUCUUCGAUACAUCAACAGAGGUUGUUGACCCCAUGGCGCCCGACUUCUCGCGUCUCAGGCAACAACAUCUGGACGGCGAGCUGCACUCAGAGAAGGAAGAGAGAGACAGACGUAAGGACAAGCAGAAGCUAAAGCAGCGCAAAGAGAAUGAUGUCCCGCAAGCCAUGUUGCAAGGCGACCAGCCCGCGCGGAAACGCAGCAAGCUUGUACUGCCGGAGCCGCAAGUCACAGACCAGGAGCUUCAGCAAGUGGUGAAACUAGGCCGUGCUUCAGAAGCGGCCCGAGAAUCGGCAGGCGAAGCAGGUGCCGCCACAGAUGCACUGCUAGCUGACUACGCACUGACACCAACGCCUGCUACUGCCUUGCGUACACCAAUGCAGCACCAAGACAGGAUCCUAAUGGAGGCGCAGAACGUAAUGGCUCUAACGCACGUGGACACGCCGCUGAAGGGCGGCCUCAACACGCCGCUGCAGCAGAGCGAUUUCUCCGGCGCUCUGCCUCAGGCACAAGCACUUGCUACGCCCAACACCGUGCUGGCGACACCAUUCAGGUCAUCUCGUAGCGAAGUCUCCACGCCUGGUAGCUUCGAAUAGUCCACAGAUAGAGUAAACGAAAUUCCAGCUCUCACCCCAGGAUUGCGCGACAAAUUGAGCAUCAACCCCGAAGACAGAUUGAGCGCCGGGGACACGCCGCAACAAGUCAAUCAGAUGCAGAAGCAGCUAAAAUCAUCAGUACGCAACGCGCUGCAGUCACUACCCACGCCGCGGAACGACUACGAAAUCGUAGUCCCUGAUCAAGAUGAUGAACCCAUGGAGAUCGAGCCAGCCGCCGCUCGUCUUGAGGACCAAGCCGAUGCUGACGCCAAAAUGCUGCGUGAGCAGGAAGAAAUACGGGCGGCCGCGUUCGCCCUGCGUUCCACCGCCGUGAAGCGCAGCCUGGCGCGGCCCGCCGACGUGAACGCGUCCGUCGUGCGCGCGCGCGGCGCCGCGCCGCUCACGCACCUGCAGCGCGCCGAGGAGCUGCUCAAGGCUGAGAUGGUCACCAUGCUACACUAUGACGCUCUACACGAUCCUCCACCAGGCGUUGACAAAAAGCGAGCGGUACAACUCCAAGCGUCCCACCUUGCAUACCUAGAGCAACACCCAUACGAAGAGUUCACUCCUCAAGAGCUUGACGCGGCGAAAGAAGAACUGCAGAAGGAAAUAGAAGUUGUACGCUCCGGUAUGAGCCACGGAGACCUCAGUCUCGAUGCCUACACGCAAGUGUGGGAGGAGUGCUUAGCGCAGGUUUUAUUCUUACCGGGUCAGAAUCGAUACACUCGCGCCAAUCUAGCGAGCAAGAAAGACAGACUCGAGUCGGCUGAGAAGCGACUUGAACAGAACAGGAACCACAUGGCUAAGGAGGCCAAGAAGUGCUCCAAGAUGGAGAAGAAACUUAGAGUACUCACAGGUGGUUACCAAAGCAGAGCAGCGUCGCUCGUGAAGCAGUUCCAAGAGCUACAAGACCAGAUCGAGCAGGCCAACCUGGAGCUGUCCACGUUCAAGUUCCUCGCCGAACAGGAGAAGGCGGCCAUUCCCAGGAGAAUAGAGUCACUGACGGAAGACGUGAACCGGCAAACGGAGCGCGAGAAGCAGCUGCAGAAGCGAUACGCAGAACUACAGGCCGAGAUCGAAGACCUGCAGAAAAGCCGCCCGCUCAAGGACGUCGACAUGCGCGAGCUGAAAGAUGUUGACAUGAGGGAGAGGACGCAAGAGUAGCGUGAACCAGAAAAUACUAGUUUGUCCUUAUAAAUAGGCUUCAAAUGUUUUUUUUCAAUAUACAAGGUGCUCGCGAGGAACCCGCAUAACUUGAACCACGCGUUUCUGAGGCCAAAAAAAAAAUGUUAUGAAUUUGAACAUUUUUAGCCAAAAAAAA